GGCACCGGGUGAGGAGCGCGGGCCCCGGGCGUGCAUGUGACCCUCGGGCGGCGGAGCCUGGGCCGCCUCGCACGUCUCUGCGCGGGUUGCAAGGGGUCCGAGGGCUAGAGGCGCGGGGUCCCGGGAGCUCGGGUGGGCGCGAUCUGGAUUUGGCGGCAGCUUGGGACCGCUCGGGGCUGGCAUGGCCCGGCCGGGGGCUGGGAGUUGCCGGCCGUCUACUAAGGAAUCGGGUUCUUUCUUUUCAACGCAGCCUUUUAAGUGCUUGCCAAGUGCCUGCCGCCUGGGCUUUCUUUUAUUCAUUCAUUCAUUCAUUGAUUUCUCGUAUUCAUGAUUUGCCAAUGAUUAUUGAACGCGGACGGUGUGCAGGGCUCGGAUCACAUUUCCGCUGCCUUCGCGGCGCUUACAGUUUAAAGGCACGAGCAGCCAAGAUUCUACAUUGCUCAUCUGGGCACCUGAGCCUCCUUUGAAGUUUCCUGUCACAACUGUCCUCUUGACAGCAUGGAUGAGGAGGAAGACAAUCUGUCUCUGCUGACCGCACUGCUGGAAGAAAACGAGUCAGCCUUGGAUUGUAAUUCAGAAGAAAGUAACUUCUUGACGCAGGAAAAUGGCGAGCCCGACACAUUUGAUGAGCUCUUUGAUGCUGACGGUGACGGUGAAUCUUAUACAGAAGAGGCUGAUGAUGGAGAAACAGGAAAGACCAAAAAAGAAAAGGAAAAUUUGGCCACUCUCUUUGGAGAUAUGGAGCACUUAACAGAUGAAGAAGAAGUUCCUGCAUCACAGUCACCUGAAAAUAGGAUCCUCCCUGCUCCUGCCCCCAGGCGAGAGAAAACGAAUGAAGAGUUGCAAGAGGAAUUAAGGAAUUUGCAAGAGCAAAUGAAGUCCUUACAAGAACAGCUAAAAGUAACAACAAUUAAACAGACAGCAAGCCCAGCCCGUCUGCAAAAAUCCCCUGAGAAGUCUCCCCGGCCACCUCUUAAGGAGAGGAGGGUUCAGAGAAUUCAGGAGUCGACACGCUUUUCUGCGGAGCUUGAUGUCCCUGCACUACCAAGAACCAAGCGGGUGGCCCGGACACCAAAGGCUUCACCUCCAGAGCCCAAAAGCUCAUCUUCAAGGAUGACAAGUGUACCCUCCCAACCCCUCCAGACGAUUUCUCGGAACAAACCUAGUGGGAUAACUAGAGGUCAAAUUGUGGGGACCCCAGGAAGCUCUGGGGAAACGACUCAACCCAUUUGUGUGGAAGCCUUCUCCGGCCUGCGGCUCAGGCUGCCUCGAGUAUCCUCCACAGAAAUGAACAAGAAAAUGACCGGCCGAAAACUGAUCAGACUGUCUCAGAUCAAGGAAAAGAUGGCCAGAGAGAAGCUGGAAGAAAUAGACUGGGUGACAUUUGGGGUUAUAUUGAAGAAGGUUACGCCACAGAGUGUGACUAGUGGAAAAACCUUCAGCAUCUGGAAACUGAAUGAUCUUCGUGACUUGACACAUUGUGUGUCCUUGUUCUUAUUUGGAGAAGUGCACAAAGCGCUCUGGAAGACGGAGCAGGGGACUGUCGUAGGGAUCCUCAAUGCCAACCCCAUGAAGCCCAAGGAUGGUUCAGAGGAGGUGUGUUUAUCUAUCGAUCAUCCUCAGAAGGUCUUAAUUAUGGGUGAAGCUCUUGACCUGGGAACCUGUAAAGCCAAGAAGAAGAAUGGAGAGCCGUGCACACAGACUGUGAAUUUGCGUGACUGUGAGUACUGUCAGUACCAUGUCCAGGCUCAGUACAAGAAGCUCAGCGCAAAGCGUGCGGAUUUGCAGUCCACCUUCUCUGGAGGACGAGUUCCAAAGAAGUUUACCCGCAAAGGCACCAGCCUCAAAGAACGGCUGUGCCAAGAUGGCUUUUACUACGGAGGGGUUUCUUCUGCCUCGUAUGCAGCUUCAAUUGCAGCAGCUGUGGCUCCUAAGAAGAAGAUUCAAACCACUCUGAGUAAUCUGGUUGUUAAGGGCACAAACUUGAUCAUCCAGGAAACACGGCAAAAACUCGGAAUACCCCAGAAGAGCCUGUCUUGCUCUGAGGAGUUCAAGGAACUGAUGGACCUGCCGACGUGUGGAGCCAGGAACUUAAAACAACAUUUAGCCAAAGCCACAGCUUCAGGGAUCAUGGGUAGCCCAAAACCGGCCAUCCAGUCCAUCUCGGCCUCAGCACUCUUGAAGCAACAGAAGCAGCGUAUGUUGGAGAUGAGGAGAAGGAAAUCAGAAGAAAUACAGAAGCGAUUUCUGCAGAGCUCAAGUGAAGUUGAGAGCCCAGCUGUGCCAUCCUCAUCAAGACAGCCCCCUGCUCAGCCUCCACGGACAGGAUCCGAGUUCCCCAGGCUGGAGGGAGCCCCGGCCACAAUGACGCCCAAGCUGGGGCGAGGUGUCUUGGAAGGAGAUGAUGUUCUCUUUUAUGAUGAGUCACCACCACCAAGACCAAAACUGAGUGCUUUAGCGGAAGCCAAAAAGUUAGCUGCUAUCACCAAAUUAAGGGCAAAAGGCCAGGUUCUUAUAAAAACAAACCCAAACAGCAUUAAGAAGCAAAAGGACCCUCAGGACAUCCUGGAGGUGAAGGAACGUGUAGAAAAAAACACCAUGCUUUCUUCUCAAGCUGAGGAUGAAUUGGAGCCUGCCAGGAAAAAAAGGAGAGAACAACUUGCCUACCUGGAAUCUGAGGAAUUUCAGAAAAUCCUAAAAGCAAAAUCAAAACACACAGGCAUCCUGAAAGAGGCCGAGGCUGAGAUGCAGGAGCGCUACUUUGAGCCACUGGUGAAAAAAGAACAAAUGGAAGAAAAGAUGAGAAACAUCAGAGAAGUGAAGUGCCGUGUCGUGACAUGCAAGACGUGCGCCUACACCCACUUCAAGCUGCUGGAGACCUGCGUCAGUGAGCAGCACGAAUACCACUGGCACGACGGUGUGAAGAGAUUUUUCAAAUGUCCCUGUGGAAACAGAAGCAUCUCCUUGGACAGACUCCCGAACAAGCACUGCAGUAACUGUGGCCUCUACAAAUGGGAACGGGACGGAAUGCUAAAGGAAAAGACUGGUCCAAAGAUAGGAGGAGAAACUCUGUUACCGAGAGGAGAAGAACAUGCUAAAUUUCUGAACAGCCUUAAAUAACCCGAACUUCAGACAUUUUCCCACAGCCUUCCUGGCCUCCUGUGACUCUGGAAAGCAAAGGAUUGGCUGUGUAUUGUCCAUUGAUUCCUGAUUGACGCCGUCAAAAACAAAUGCUUGUUAAGCCCAUAAGCUUUGCCUCCUUACUUUCUGCCAUUGUGUUGGUUUGAUACCACAUUUAACAUUGACAUUUAAGUGGAAAACCAAGUUAUCAUUGUCUUUUCUAAGCUCAGUGUGGAUGAUUGCAUUACUUCAUUCACUGAAGUUUUUGCCCAAAAAUUGGAAGGUAAACAGAGAGAUAUGUUUCUGUAUCUUUUGGUUAUAGAGUGUUCACUUCUUUGUCAUAACAAAAUUCUAGUGCUUAUACGAACACCCAGAGGCAAAAGAAUUAAUUUAGCUUAAUUCUCACUCCAGGUAAGUUGCUUAACUCCUGGGCUUCAGUUUUCUCAUCUGUAAAAUCAGGAAGAUUGGACUAAGUGAUCCUGAAAUGUAUUUUUUAGCACUGGAUUUCUACAAAUAAUAAAACUUUUUCCCAUCUAGAUAAUGAUGAUCACUGCCUUUAAUAUAGUCUUGAUGUACGGACAUUAAAAGCCAGAUUUCUUCAUUCAA